AUGACACGCAUCAGCAGGAACUGGAAAGCGGUCGCUGAACGUGCGAUGUAUCGCAUUGUUUCACUUGAGGACAAUACAAUCGCACUGGGUUUCUUCCAAUCGGUCAUCGCUCGGCCAAUUGCGGGGAUCACUUGGGAUUUGGGAUUGCUCUCAAGGGUAUUGACGCUCUGUCCCAACAUCUUACAAUUACGGCUUAGCAUCACGCCAAGACUGCACAAAGCUUUCACACCACCCCACCGAAAAUAUACAAGACCCCUUCAACGUCUCCAGAUUUCUCCAAGAAGUCGCGGCGAAGCGAAGCCCGUGGCAAUGCCCAGCUUAGGGCUGACUGGCCCAUGCGAGGUUGUUAAAGCCCUAGUCCCAGGCAGACCGGUACGAGAUGUCAGACUGAUAUGGUGUGAAGAGGAUGGGAAACUUCUCGGGGCAUUGACCGCGCUCGGGCAGUCGACCAGUCCAGUUUCCACGCUUACAAUCCAAUCUGUGGACCUACUGGAUGAAAAGGCCAUCGUUUUCACUGGACAUGACCUUCCGUGCCUUGAAUACCUCAGCAUCGUUUCCCCUUAUUUCCAGCUUCCGGACGACGACGUUGUGAUGGUCCUCCAACGGAGCCUUGAAGGACUUCCGUGCCUGAAAGAGCUCAAGAUAAUGGUCCCGUAUUUGCCAAACGAGAAAUGGCGAUCUUUCAUAUCAACUUGUGAGACGCCGAUCGUGGUUCUUGGAUGGAAAGUAGAGAUAUGCUGGGACAUAGAUGGGUGGGUGUCUUACAUCAAAAGAUCGACACGAGUUCAGCGUGUUUUGUCGGUCAUGUCCAGAUCCUUGCCGGCUGCUCAGAACACUGGGAACCAGUUUGUGACUGUGCUGUACUUUGCAGCUACUCAAUCCGCAACAGGUCUCCACACCGAGAUGAUUCCUUUCCCAGAUACUUCACUCACACUUGGUCAGCUCGCUCGUCUUCCAGCGGAACGUCACCCUGCUCUACAGGAUGUCUUGAACGAGAGUUCGUGGAGUGUGGAUGCUGAGAUGAACGGGAUGGUGAAGAAGUCGCUGUCAUUUGCCCAGUAUCUGGUGAAAUCGACCCAAGGAACGGGCGCCAUGCUGCACCACCCAAGGGAACAGGGGAGCGCGAUCGACCUGGAGCACGCGGAAGAGGCGGAGCAAAUCAUCUAUGGAAUCAAAUCGGCAAAAACCACAUACAGCUCAGACCCGAAUCCGGGGACAGGCAAUGGUGCAAAUGCAGAAAAAAGACCAUCAUUAGGAAGCAGGGGAAUCAUGGGAAACAGAAUAGAAUAA